CCCCGCGGCCCGGGCGGGGCUUCUUUGUGCGCCUGUGUUUGCUCGGUCUCUCCAGAAACAGCGCCCCUGGCGGCCGGGAGGGGCGGCGGCCGAGCGCCGUGGGUCGUGGGCGGGGCUGCGGGCGAAGCUCGAGAUCUACGGUUCGAGACUUGGCUCCGGCGCUUCCCAGUGUCGGGCACAAGUGUUCUUCGCUGUGGGGAUAAGACUAGUCCAUACCUCGAAGAGCUCUUGGCGGCUUAAGGGAGAUGAAUGUGCAAAGGGAUGAGCACCAGCCACACUGGAAGUCACGUGGGCGCUUGUGGGCCAGAAGCCAGAGGUCAGCUCGGACUUUGUACACAGGACAUGGCGACAGGGCCCUGCCGGGAAGUGCAGGGUCGAGGUCAGAUGUCCAGGGCCUGUCACUGCCGCUGCUGUCACCAUGCUGACCCCCAGGACGGCAUCCCUCUUGACUCUGCUCCUGGCCGUCGGCUCCUUGGGUCAGAGGGCUCAGAGACCCCCUCGGCCCCCGUCCCCCAUCAGCACCGUCCAGCCCAAGGCCAACUUCGACGCUCAGCAGGGACCUGGUUCCUUGUGGCCGUGGCCUCUUCGUGCCGCUCCCUGCAGGAGCAGGGCCACCGGGCUGAGGCCACCACACUGCAUGUGACCCCUCAGGGUGCAGCCAUGGCUGUCAGCACCUUCCGAAAGCUCCCGAGGCGCCCGAGGGGCGGUGGACGUGGUCGUCGGGGAGACGGACUACCGCGGCUUCGCCAUCCUGUACCUGGAGCGGGCGCGGCAGCUGUCGGUGAAGCUGUACGGUACGUCCCCGCGGGACCGGGUCUGCACACCCGCAGGGCCGUCUGGUGGGCCCGGAUGGGCACGUGGGCCCUCCCCUCCCUUUCCCCUGCCCUUGCCUUUAGGCCCAGGGGUGGGGACAGAGAGGAGACCGGGGGGGUGGGGGCAGGGGUCAGAUCGCAGACCCUGGCACACAGCCCAGCUCCCAGAGCGCCCUGCCCGCCCAGCCCGCACCCACCCAGCGGGCGCCCAGGAGCCCCGUGUGUCCCGCACGCAGCCCGCUCGCUCCCCGUGAGCGAAUCAUUCCUGAGUGUGUUUGAGCAGCGGGUCCAGGGUGCCAACCUGACCGAGGACCAUACCCUGUUCUUCCCCAAGUAUGGUUUCUGCGAGGCCGCGGACCAGUUUCACGUCCUGGACGGUGAGCGGGCAGCGCCGGCGGGGCGGUGUGGCAGGGGGCUGGCAGCCCGCGGCUCCCUCCUGGUUGAGUCUCGUCUGUGCUGCAGAAGUGAGGAGGUGAGGCCGGCGGCAGCCUUGCACCGAGAAGCAGCCAAAGCCCUGGAGGAGGCGGCACCCGCCACCCCCCUUGCUGAGUGGGGGACUCUCUCCCGUCCGCCCCCGAAGCCGCACCUCACCCCCAGGAGCUCGGGGCGCUGCCUUCAUUAA